AUGGCAUCGUUCGACGCAUACAGCACGGACGGUGACGGUGCGCGUCAAUUCGACGACGGCGGGUACACCGGCUACGACGAAUCCUACACCGCCUUUUCCUCUGCUGACACUCCGACUCACUCCGCCGCCGGCGGAGGAGGUUACACUGCAGAAUACGGCGAGACGGAGGAGGAGACGGUGGAUCAUGUAGACAGUCCGGAUCCGUUCGGGCACGGGUCGAAUCCGAAUCCUGAUCCUUUCGGAUCAUCCACCACUGUCCCGAUCUCGAAUGGCAACGUGAAGCCGCCAUAUGAUAUGGGGGGAGAUUCGGAGGGAAUAUUCAGCUCCGAUGGGCCGAUUCUUCCGCCUCCCUCUGAAUUGCAUCCUGAAGAAGGAUUCGCUCUUCGUGAAUGGAGGAGGCAAAAUGCCAUUCGGCUCGAGGAGAAGGAGAAGAGGGAAAAAGAAUUGCGGAACCAAAUUCUAGAGGAUGCUGAAGAAUUUAAAAAAGCUUUCUACGAGAAAAGAAUGCUUGGUUUAGAGACUAACAAGACUAGUAACAGAGAGAGAGAAAAGUCAUUCCUGGCCAGUCAAGAAAAGUUCCAUAAAGAAGCCAAUAAACAAUAUUGGAAAGCCAUAGCUGAGCUCAUUCCUAAUGAGGUACCCAAUAUUGAAAAGAAGGGGAAGAAGAGGGAUAAAGACAAUAAGCCGUCAAUCACCAUCGUCCAAGGGCCAAAACCUGGCAAGCCUACCGAGCUUUCAAGGAUGCGCCAUAUACUGGUGAAGCUGAAGCAUAAUCCCCCACCUCACAUGUUGCCACCCCCUCCUGCUCCUGCUAAGGACAGUAAAGAUGCUAAGGAUGAAAAGAAUGUCAAAAAUGGAAAAGAUGCAGCGUCAAAUGCAACUAAAGAGGCACCUGCCGAAGAUUCUGCUGCCAAUGGUUCUCCACAGCCAUCUGAAGAACCCACUUCUGCUUCAGCCAACGACCAGGCUGCUAGCUAA